AUUGUAUUGAUGUGUGAUGAGUGUCAAUUAGUUGGUAGCCAUACGAUGAAUAAUUAAAAUCAAUUUCACUAUAUAUUGUAAAAUACACGUUAUCUCUAUUGUCGAACACAAUUCGACGGUUUACAAGUAGCAAUGUGUCUUGCGGAGUGUGUGUUCAUAAUUCGCUGUCGAGUACGUAAUAAUAAUUCGAGAACGACGACCGGUGUCUCGCGGGCGGCGAGUGGGUGGGCACCGCGCGGCUCCGAAUGGAAUGCAGUGCGCCUCACUGCUGGUGGAACCCGCGAGCCGCGUAUUGCCGUACGAUCGCGUCGUAAUGGGUACACGGUUUAUUUUUCGUAUUGUAAUGAGCAGAUUACGUGCGACAGAGAGAGAGUGAGAGAGAGGGCGAGUGAGUGAGUGAGCGAGAGAAAAUAAUAUAUUCCCGUCGAAGCGCGUGCACGAUCGACGGCGUUUCGGCCAAUCGGAAUCCCGGUCGCCGAGACCAUCUGAUAACGGCCGUCUCCUCUCGCAACCGCUUUCCUCCGUUGGGUCUUGUAUUGUUUACGAGCGCUGCCGUCGACGACCCAACGGCACCGAACGCUGCUCGCAGGUUGUCGCCUCUCCGGUGGUCCACGUUCGUUCAAUUUUCCAAUUUUCGUUUCUCAUUGUCUUUCCGCCGCUCCGUUUUUUCGUCAACGUCCGUUGUGUUUGAUAUCCAAUAUCGCUGCGUUCACCGUAUUCGUAAUUUAUUUCCAACGCCAGCCGACACGCUCGCGGACCGCCGCGCACCCCGUUCGUUUACCGACGACGAUUAUUAUGCGAACGUAGUGCCGUUAUCCGUCGCGCGACAACAACGAUCGCCGACCGGCUCGUUUACUCGGCAGCUCCGACGAAUUAUAUAUCUCUCCAACGACUGACGAACGGACACGUUGACGUUCAAACGGCGUACGGACGGGCGAGUGGCAGAUUUAUAGACCGAGAGACGAACAGGCAGUCAAACUGACUGCUUCAGCGGGAAACGACAGCGUCUUGUCUGCGGACCAUGGCGCUCGUGCGGCUGCGAACGACAGUAACAUUGUUGUUGGUGUUGUUCUGCGCCGGCGUGCUGCAGAGCCACUCGUUCAACCUGGAAACGAGGUUGCCCAUCGUGAAGCGUGGACACACAGAAUCGUACUUCGGUUUUGCCGUUGCCGGACAUCAGUCGUUCGAUGAGCUCAAGGGAGAGGUCGAACACAGUUGGAUUUUGGUUGGUGCUCCAUUAGAUCAAAAUCUUCAACCAGGAACAAAUCGUUCCGGUGCAUUAUGGAAAUGUCCAUUGACUUCAUCAUAUGAUGAUUGUAUACAGGUUGUCACUGAUGGAAAGCGCAAAUUCGAUAAUGGUCCAUAUGAUCCCUCUAUCGAUUCUAUAAAUCUCUCACCACCAAUGAAUGAUGAAAUUAAAGAUGGUCAAUGGUUAGGUGUAAUGGUACGCAGUCAAGGACGUGGUGGAAAAGUUAUGGUAUGCGCACAUAGAUAUAUAAAUCGAGGUGAAGAGUAUCAGUGGGGACAAGGUCUUUGUUAUACUUUAACCCAAAACCUAGAUUUUGUUGAAGCUAUGGUUCCGUGCAAAGGCCGAGAAACUGAAAAAGGUCAAGCACAGUUCGGUUAUUGCCAAGCUGGCACUAGUGGUGUGUUAUUGGAAGAUGAUACCGUUGUCAUCGGUUCGCCUGGAUCUUAUAAUUGGAGAGGAAAUAUUUUUAUGGUUAGUGUAUCCGAUGAUUUUUUACACAGAGACAAAACUUGUUACUACAGUCCUGUUCGUGACAUUGAGGUUUCUCCUGUUGAAAGUCAUAGUUAUUUAGGUAUGUCUACAACAGCUGCUUAUUUCUUAGGCGACCAAAAAAUGGUUUAUGCAGCCGGUGCGCCGCGUGCCAAUGGAACAGGCCAGGUCGUACUAUUUACUAAAAUAAAACCAUCUGUAAAUUUGAUGGAUGUAAAACUUGUGAUUAGUGGAGAACAAUUUGCUUCUAGUUUUGGUUAUGAAUUAGCAACUGCUGACCUCAAUGGGGACAAGGAACCAGAUUUAAUAGUUGGUGCUCCAUUUUAUUUCAACAAAAAAACGGGUGGUGCGGUUUAUAUUUAUAUGAACAAUGAAAAUCACUGUCUUAAUUGUGCACCGCCUAUUAAGCUCGUAGGAAAACCAGAAUCCAGAUUUGGAUUUGCAAUAACAAAUUUAGGGGAUUUAAACAAAGAUGGAUAUGAUGAUAUAGCCAUUGGAGCACCGUAUGAAGGCAACGGGGUUAUUUACGUGUAUAAAGGUUCAGCUCUUGGAAUAGUAACAGAACCUUCACAAGUUAUUAAAGCUGAGGAUUUGGUGGUGGACAAUCUACAAAUACGUACUUUAGGUUAUUCAUUGAGUGGAAAUGGGGUGGAUUUAGAUCAAAAUGGUUACCCAGAUUUAAUAUCAGGUGCUUACGAAAGUGACUUGGUAAUAUUGAUUAGAGCACGGCCAAUUGUAAACAUAACCUCUACCGUUGGUCCUGCUGAAAAUCUUCGUAAUAUCGAUCCGUCAAAAGCUGGUUGCUUGACUGACAAAGCCUCGACAGUCACUUGUUUUACCUUCGAAACUUGUUUUAAGUUGGAACCCUUGGUUCUGCAUGAUUCCGUUAAAGAAUGGACUGUUCAAAUACAUUAUAAAUUGGAAGCAGAAAUAUUUCAAGAAGAUCUCAAAUUUUCAAGGGUUUGGUUCGGGCCAGAUCAUAAUUUGCAAUCUUCGACAAUUGAGAAUGAUGUUUCCAACGUUUACUAUAGGAAUAUCCUAUGUCAACAACACACUGCAUACAUCAAAGAGAACACUGUUGACAUUCAGUCUCCUAUAGCUUUACGUAUAACCUAUUCUUUGAAAGAGAACGAGAUCCCCGUUUUUAAGCCUGGCGAUCCAUUUCCUUCAUUGAACGGUAUGCCUCUAUUGGUUCAGAACCAAAGCGAAAAAACGUUCUUUGCUUAUUUUCAAAAGGAAUGCGGUGAUAAUGAUAUAUGUGAAAGUCAAGUUCAAGUCCACGCUGAAUUAAUGUUAACUAAAAUCCAUGACACUCAAUAUGAAUUAGUCAUCGGACAGAAUUCUGCUAUAAUUUUAAAUAUGACAGUAUUCAAUAAUGGAGAAUCUGCAUAUGAAAGCAGACUGUUCGUGCAUUUCCCAUCUUCGUUUAGUUACAUUAAUACCGUAAAACAAAAUGAAACGAAAUAUGUGAAUUGUAAUCCAUUCAACGACACCUUUGUUGUGUGCAUUCUUGGAAAUCCGUUUAAGAAAUUUGCCGUAUCUAAUAUCCAAUUGAAAUUUGAUUCAAAAGAAUUAAAUGGUAUCGGAAAUCAAUUAGAUUUUUUAAUUGUAUCUAAUACCACUUCUCGUGAAGUUAAACCUCAGGGCCCUCUUGUUUUACGGGUCAAUGUGAUCAAACGAGCUGAGUUAUUGCUGACAGGGUCGGCCCGACCGGAACAAGUAUUUUACGGUGGUCAGAUAAAAAGCGAUUCAUCCGUUAAGUACUACGAUGAAAUUGGUUCUAGAGUAUUACAUACUUACCAGGUGUUCAAUUCUGGUCCGUUGAAAGUAUCUAACCUCGAAGUGCAUGUAACUUGGCCUUUUCAAGUAGCCAGUCACUACAAUCCAGGGAAAUGGUUACUGUAUUUGGACGAGAUACCCGUAGUCAAAGCUCUCAAUGGUGGUACAUGUAAUAUAUCACAAGAAUACAUAAACCCGUUGGGUCUAUUAGUGCGUUCAGAAGUUCACGACGUGCUUCAUCCGCACGAAAGCAUUGACUCUGUAAAAGAUGCUUUGGUUAAUCAAAUGGAUUUAAACUCCACUACUGACAAAAACAGCGGCAAGGAGUAUUAUCUGAACAGAGUUCGCAGAGAACUUAAUAACAUUGUUAAUACCGAGUCGUACGUUAGAAAUAAAGAAAAACCUCUAAGAUUUGUCAAAAUAGACUGUUUGUUGGGUAACGCCGAAUGCUUCAAGUUCCAGUGCGUGGUGAAUAAUUUGCAAAAAAAUCAAGAGGCUACUAUAUUCAUUAAAGCGAGGCUAUGGAGCAAUACAUUGCUGCAAAUAUCACCGAAAGUCGGUUCAGUUCAAAUCGUAUCACGUGCGAAAAUACAUUUACCAUUUGAAUUAUCUUUGCAACAAAAUCGUUCAGACGAUAAGUUUGAAGUAGUGACUGAUGCCUUAUUAUUAGCUUUGUUGGAGCAAAAAGAAAACGGAAUAUUGUCUUGGUGGUACAUCGUACUGGCGGUGUUGGCGGGUAUUUUGUUGUUGGCACUGUUGGUUUAUUUACUGUGGAAAUUAGGGUUUUUCAAUAGACGACGACCCGAUUUCAUGCUAAACGGUGAGGUUGAAGAAGAAGAGUUGGACGAAAGUCAUGAGUUAAUUACAAGAAAUUCAUAACCGUAUAAUAGUGUUUAUAAUAGUGUUUUCCUUUUGAUUAGCAAAAAUGUAUAUAAAAUAUAUUUAAAAGACUUUU